AUCCAGCAUUUCCCCAGCAGCAACUGGAGAGAUAUCAAAUGUUUUUGGUGAAAUCAUCUUUCCUUGCUCGCCGCAGCGGCGGUUUCAUCUGAUCUUUUUGCUUCUGCGGUGUGUGAUCGCCGCCGACAUGGAAGACAAAAGCCAUUCCAUCUUUGCCGUUGCGGGUACUUUUCUAGCCAUAUCGUGGAUAAUCGUUGCAUUGCGCUGCUAUGUGCGGCUCACCCUGACCCGUUGGGGUGUUGACGACCUCACCAUGGUCGUGACUUUGCUGCUCUUCUCGACAUUUGUUUCGUCACUCAUAUUUUCGACGACGAAUGGACUUGGGAAACAUGAUAAAGCAAUAACCAAUCGGAACACGGUCAUGAAUGCAUUCAAGGGUUUUUUCCUUUGCGAUCUUUUUUAUAUUUUGUCUUCAGGGAUUGUGAAGAUCUCCUUCUGUUUGUCAUUAUUACGAGUAGUUGUCAUCGGACGAGCUUAUGUCUACACGAUAUACACUGUAGCCGCAGUCACCGGCAUUUUCACAACUUUCUACUGGUUCUUCACCCUGUUUACUUGCUGGCCGGUGGACUUUUUAUGGGAGCAGAUCCGAAAUCCGGAUGGCCAAGGGACGUGCCGGCACUUUCGCGCAGUCAUCUCUGGAAGCUACGCACAUGGCUCAAUUGUUUGCCUGGGUGAUAUAACACUUGCAAUAGUGCCUGCCUUGAUUUUGCGGAAAUUAAGCAUGAACUCCCGUACAAAGAUAUCCGCGAUGGUUCUACUUGGCUUUGGAGCAAUAGCAAGCGUUGCCACAAUAUCCAGAAUUACAUACAUCCACCACGGAUAUGAUCAACUGGAUUUUCUUUACACCAACGCUGAGAUAAUGAUCUGGUCCACAGUUGAGAUAGGGGUAAGCAUCAUAGCCGUGUCGGCUGUGACGCUGAAGCCGCUGCUGAUGAAAUACACAAUCUUUUUCCACACUCGAAGCAACAACUCAGGCUCACCAGAACCACCAAGGCACAUCGAGAAUUUCACGUUCGGGGUUAGCACACUGCCGCAAAGUAACACUCACGAUAAUCGAACACAUCAAUCCUCUGGUCCUACAAAAAUCAGCUCAUCUAUACUGAGGUCUAAUACCAUAAUUGGUAACGGGCGGUCAUCAUCGGAGGAAAACAUCUGGGCAUCGAAGGGUGGUGGUCAUCAUUCGAUAAAUACUAGCGAGGAAAUCGAGGAGGAAUUCGAAUUGGUUUCAAGGGGAAAAGUAGAGUUUUCGACGUCGAUGGUCACAAAGGAGCAUGAUGACGACCCCAUGCAGAUCAACCAACAAGUGUUUACCGAGCAGCGUCCUUAUGCAAAUGGUCCUUAUGCAAAUGGACGCUAA